UUAUCCGUCAUUUCAGUCAAUUUGUUAGCUUUUAAUUCGCGUCCGCGUGUUAUUUUUUUUUCCGAUGGCGAAAACUGAAAUUAAAAAAACGUUAAACUUGACUUUUCCGCGUCUUGAACCGUACCGCACCGUAGGAGAUUUUUUAAAAUCAAAAGACGAAUUGCAUUCAGUUCAAUUGCCGGCAUUUCAAUGGGAUAAACCGCGACAAGAUCCCGAUUUAUACUUAACGGAAGCUCGUCGAACAUAUGCGUCAAUUGUGGAAGCUUUAGAACGAAGAAGAGAAUUUUACAAAGAAGAAAGAAAAUCACUCGAUCAACAAUGGGAUAAUUUGCUACAACUAGAGAAAGACUUGCGAGAAAAUUUUGUUAAAUUAAGUUCAUUUAUCAAAAGUAAUGAAGAUAAGCGUGCACGGGCUAUUGAAAGAUGUAAAGAGGACCAUAAAUUGUGCGAAGAACGAGAUAACGAUAUCAAAAAAAUCAAAGAAAAUAUAGUUCUUUUGCAACAGAUCAAGGAAGAAAUGGACAAAGAGAUUCGCCUCCAUAUUUUAUACGAGAAAUAUCUAAAUUUCGUUGUUGGAGAUUCAAUGGAUUUUCGAAAUGCCAUCGACGUAAUUGAUCGAUUUGAAUCGCUAAUCACUACGAAACAAGAAUUGGGACUUCGUCAACAGAGUUAUUUCGACCAUCUUGAAAACGCUAAAAACCAAACUUCAAGAAUGGCAGACGAAAACACUUUUCGAAUUUUGGGAUUAAACACUAUCGUGGCUGGUUUACGUUCGCGUUACAAAAACGCUUCUAGUAAUAGUAUGAAAUGGGAAAGAAUUGUUUGGAGUAUUAAGAAAAAUGCGCUUCAAAAAUACAAGGAAAUCACCGAAGUGAAGUUGGCUUGCAGAAAUGCGUAUUUAUUGAUGUGUAGACGAAAAAGCGAAACACCGAAAAUUUCAGAAAGCGAUUUUGAAAGCCAACUGAAUUACAUUAAAAAGACUCUUCAAGAACUGAAAACUGUUCAAGGAGAAGCUACAGCAAUCAACAAAAAAACUUUCAGCUCGAUGAAAGGGGAAGUUUCCAAAGGGUCGCGAAAAAAAUGAUUUAAUUGUAAUUGUAAUUAUUUAAAUAAUAUUGGAUAUG